GAAAUGAACAAACCUGAACACAGGGAGUCAGAGAGUUAAUCUGACUUUCAGAUAACAUGAAGGUAAUUUUCUAGAAAAGGUGAGGCCGAGGCAUAAUACCACUUGGGUAAACAGACGAUCUGGCGAAGACUGGUGAAGGGAGCCGGGUAGAUACACUGCCAGGUGUUGCUUGUGGAUGGAGAGCAGCAGGUCAGUGUGCAGACUGAGGCGACAGAGAACCCCUCAGAAGCUCUGCUCUGCUGCAGACUGAUUGAGAAGUUCCCGUUUUUUGGAGAAUAAGGAGGAAGAUGGCAACGAUCUACCGAUCACCCUCUCUGGAAAACGAGGAAUUAAUGGCUCUGUAUGGAGGGGAAAGAGACCAUUAUUUUGUAGAUGAGGACUGUACCAGUGAGGAGUAUGAUCUGGAUUCAGAGUGUAGCGAGGAGGGAAAAUGUGGCAGGAGCGUUCGCAGGUCUCUGUCCCUGGAAAUCUACGGCCUGCAGAGGGAGCAGCAUGUUUACUUCUCCAACCAGGAGUACUACAGGAGAUUGGAGGAGCUGAAGAGCGCUCACCUGAGGAACAUGGCCGAGCUGGAGAUGAUGUACAUCAGCCAGGGCAGAGAGAGGCACGGAGAGGAUGAUGACGGAGGUUUGGGAAGAGGACAGAACAGAGAGGCCAGACUGUCAAUCAGUAGCGGCCCUGCCAAGAAACUCCAGAGGAUCAAUUCCCAGGAGGAGCUGGACUUCCAUGAGACAUCAAGUGGUUCUGACCAGUCAGAGCUCUGUGGAGCAGACCGCAUGGGGGAACUGCAGCUGGACAAUCCAAGAAAGUCUUCCUGCCAGGACCGAACCUUUGGGAGAGACAUCCUGAAAGAAAUGGCAACUCAGAAGCAGUUUCGAUUCCAGCCCAGGGCCUCCUGUCCGAAACCGCAGGGAAAACUGUCCCGUCAAAUUGGGGUCAGGGUCAGGUCAAACUCCAAGGUCACUGUGCCCAAACCCUUUCAGAUGAUGCUGAGAGAGGAGGAGAGGAAGAGGCACAAGGUGCGGACUCGCUCGGAGAUCGAGCUGGAGAACACGUUGCUGAGACGGGAGCUGGAAGAGCUCCAAGAAUGUCAGAAAAAGUUCCGGGCAUCACCUGCACCGGCGCACAUACACCUGCCUCUCUACGAAAUUAUCAGCCGUCGCUCCAGUCAGCGAUCCAACCGAAACAGAAGUCGCAGUAAUAACAGUAACCGUGACACCAAAAGUAACCAGGCCUCUGCUGCUGCUUCACCACAGCCUUUCCAUUUCCUGGAGAGAGAGAGGAGGAAGAGGGAGGCGAAGAUUGUGACUGAGCUGGGGAAGCUGGGACCCAAAGAGGAACGACAGACCUUCAAGGCCAGGCCCAUGCCCAGCUUGGUGUACGGCACCAGACACAGGGCAGACACCAAGAUCACAUGCUGCCAGCCCCAGUCUCUAACCUGGUUGCUGGAGAGGGAGGCCACAGAGGGCCAAAGUGAUCCAAACUCCGACCUGGAGCCGGACGUGAUCCAGUCCAAGUCAGACACCUCUCCUGCCUCUCGUAUGCCUCAGAGAUGUCCAUCCUCCAAGCCAGUCAAGAAGCAGAUAGAGCUGUCUAUUGAGAUGGUGAAGGAGAGGCAGUGGUCCAACACUGACCCGCUUAAAGCCACCACCUGCAACAUCUACUCACCUCUGCAGCCAGGUGGCCCAGAGCCUCUGCUCUCUAACAAGACUGACUACGUCAGUGUGUGAGAGACAGUGUUCAUAAAUCAAAGAAAGACAGGAAAAAGUGGAGGAAUCCAUUAGCUGCAUCUAAACUGCUUUUGUUGUAGAUUAGUUUAAUUCUGCACCCGAACAGAUAUUUUGUAAUUCUUUAUCAAACAGCAGUAGGCCAACAUGGUUUAUAACACAUGGUUUAGGUAUUGUGUAUCCUGUAGCAAGGUAUGUGUUGUUUUCAUAAUUCAUUUGUUGGGUUAUUUUUCAAGCUCUUAAAUGUAAACAGACAGCAUUUAUAUAACACUUUUAUCCAAAGUGCUUUACAAUUGACUCUCACUCACCCAUUCACACACCGAUGGCAUCGAGUUACCAUGCAUUACCAUCGGGAGCAAUUUGGGGUUCAGUGUCUUGCCCAAGGAGGACUCUUCAAUAUGUGGACAGGAGGAGCUGGGGAUUGAACCACCAACCCUACAAUUAGCCACAGCUAAAUGGAGAUUUCUGUAAACAAAAUGAUUACUUCUCACCAAAACAUUUUGUGUGUAUCUAAUUAAAGUGUUUCCUUCAUCAUAAAACAUUUGUAAAGGAAACCUACAUUGUUUAUAUCUAUGUUUGGUUGCUAGCAGUCUAAACCCUGACUAAAAAUCCUCAAAUAAACUAUUGUUAUUUAGAAAGUCAC